AAGCGCGAGCGGCCGUGUGGUGGUCGAGUCCCCAUCUGGACGCAGACGAUGGCGAGCCCGCCGGCUGUGCCCCGGCUGCCUCCACACGACCCGAGGACGCCGGCUCUGUCGGUGGUGGACAUGCACACGGGCGGCGAGCCCCUGCGCAUCGUGCUGGCUGGGUGUCCGGAGGUGGUCGGCCCCACGCUGCUGGCCAAGCAGCGCUACAUGCGCCAGCACCUCGACCACGUGCGGCGACGGCUCAUGUUCGAGCCCCGGGGGCACCGGGACAUGUACGGGGCUGUGCUGGUGCCGAGCGAGCUGCCUGACGCGCACCUGGGCGUCCUGUUCCUGCACAACGAGGGCUACAGUUCCAUGUGCGGCCACGCGGUGCUGGCUCUGGGCCGGUUCGCGCUCGACUUCGGGCUGGUGCCAGCGCCCCCCGCCGACGCCCGCGAGGCCCUGGUCAACAUCCACUGCCCCUGCGGGCUGGUGGCCGCCUUCGUGGAGUGCGAGGGCGGCCGCAGUGGCGGCCUGGUGCGCUUCCACAGCGUCCCGGCCUUCGCGCUGGCCACAGAUCUCCUAGUGGAUGUUCCCGGUCAUGGAAAGGUGGUGGUGGACAUUGCAUAUGGUGGCGCGUUUUAUGCGUUUGUUAGUGCUGAAAAGUUAGGACUUGAUGUUUGUUCCACAAAGACAAGGGACCUCAUGGAUGCAGCAAGUGCAGUGACAGAAGCAGUGAAAGCUCAGUUUAAAAUUAAUCAUCCUGACAGCGAAGACCUUGCCUUUCUAUAUGGAACUAUAUUAACAGAUGGAAAAGACGCUUAUAGUGAGGAACCAACCACCAACAUCUGUGUGUUUGCAGAUGAACAGGUUGACAGAAGUCCUACUGGCUCAGGAGUGACAGCCCGAAUUGCCCUACAGUAUCACAAAGGACUUCUAGAACUGAACCAGACUAGAGCCUUUAAAAGCAGUGCAACUGGCUCAGUAUUCACAGGGAAGGCUGUGAGGGAAGUAAAAUGUGGUGAUUUUAAAGCUGUUAUAGUGGAAGUAUCUGGACAAGCCCAUUACACAGGUACAGCAAGCUUUAUAGUAGAAGAUGAUGACCCACUGAGGGAUGGAUUUCUUCUCAAAUGACUUAUAUGACUUUUAAGGGCUUUCUUUAAAUUGUUAUCAUAAGUAAAUUUUCUCUGAAUUACAUGGAAAACUGUAUCCAAAUUGUACAUGUAA